AUGUGGGACCCGCAGGAGUUUGAGCGUUCCUGGCGGGCCGAGUUCCCCGGGGAGGAGGCGCCCGUCAUGAGGCUGGACUCGGUGAUGGACGUGGAGCGGGAGCUGGAGCGUUGCAAACUCAACCUGAAGCGGCUGCAACAGGUGUUGGCCGAGGAGAAGUUCAAAGUCGUCUACCUGCAGGCGGCCCUGGCCGGGGAGAAGCUGGACCUCGGCAGCGGGCGCCCGGCGGGCGGAGACGGGGACAGCGGGAGAGCCUCGGGGGAGGCGCCGGCCAGGCCGGAGCCGCCACCGUGCGAGAAGGAGGACGCAGCGGGCGGCGACGGAGACCCCCCGGGCUUGGCGCGCCCCGACCCGGAGGUGGCGGCGAAGGCCGAGUCUCCCCCCUACGUGUGCCUGGACCUGCCCGCCUGGCCCGGGGCGGCGGGGGGAGGGGGCGCGGUGCGCAGCUUGACCGCCGCCAUCCACCAGCAGCUGCUGCAGCCUCGCCUCCUCUUCAGGCCCCGGGAGGACUGCACGCCCCCCGGCCACGAUGGCACGGGCGAACCGGACGCCUCGGGCACGGACGAUGGGGCCAACAGCAGUGACCAUGACUUCGAGAUGGUGGAUUUGAACGAGAAAUUUGUCCUUGGUCACUUGCUCUUGGCCCCCUGCCGGUUCGGGACCCGAGAUGAGGCUGAGAAGCCGGCGCCGGCGGGCAGCCCCCACCGCUGGACGCACCUGAUCCCUGGGGGCCGGCGGCAGCAGCGCCGGAGUCGCGACCUGGAGCAGCUGGAGGCGGAGGCCAAGGACGGUCGGGGCUCGCCCCUGGCCGCGGAUGAGCCCCCUGGGCGCGGAACCCGCGAGCACCUCCUCCCGUGGGGGCGCAAGAGGUUCCUGCGGGUUCCUGAGCGGGACUCGCUCAGCCACAGCUCGCCCGAGAGGGGCAGCGACUGCAGCCACAACAGCUCGGACCCCGAGGACGGCUCUUCUGCAGACUUCAGCUACGGGGCAGACGACUACGACGGAGAGGGGAAUGAGGAGCAGAAGGGACCCCCGGAGGGCUCAGAGACCAUGCCAUACAUCGAUGAGUCGCCCACCAUGUCACCCCAGCUCAGUGCCCGCAGCCAGGGCGGCGGGGACAGCAUCUCCCCCACCCCACCUGAGGGGCUGGCACCUGGGGUGGAAGCAGGGAAAGGCCUGGAGAUGAGGAAGUUGGUUCUGUCGGGGUUCCUGGCCAGUGAAGAGAUCUACAUUAACCAGCUGGAAGCCCUGUUGCUGCCCAUGAAACCCCUCAAGGCCACAGCCACCACCUCCCAGCCCGUGCUCACCAUCCAGCAGAUUGAGACCAUCUUCUACAAGAUCCAGGACAUCUACGAGAUCCACAAGGAGUUCUACGACAACCUCUGCCCUAAAGUGCAGCAGUGGGACAGCCAGGUCACAAUGGGCCACCUCUUCCAGAAGCUGGCCAGCCAGCUUGGUGUGUACAAAGCUUUUGUGGAUAACUAUAAGGUCGCUUUGGAGACAGCUGAGAAGUGCAGCCAGUCCAACAACCAGUUCCAGAAGAUCUCAGAGGAACUCAAAGUGAAAGGUCCCAAGGACUCCAAGGACAGCCAUACGUCAGUCACCAUGGAAGCUCUUCUCUACAAGCCCAUUGACCGAGUCACACGGAGCACUCUGGUCCUACACGACCUGCUGAAGCACACACCUGUGGACCACCCAGACUACCCGCUGCUACAGGAUGCCCUCCGCAUCUCCCAGAACUUCCUGUCCAGCAUCAACGAGGACAUUGAUCCCCGCCGGACAGCAGUCACGACCCCCAAGGGGGAGACGCGGCAGCUGGUGAAGGAUGGCUUCCUGGUGGAAGUGUCAGAGAGCUCCCGGAAGCUGCGGCACGUCUUCCUCUUUACAGAUGUCCUACUGUGUGCCAAGCUGAAGAAGACUUCUGCGGGGAAGCACCAACAGUAUGACUGUAAGUGGUAUAUCCCCCUGGCCGACUUAGUGUUUCCAUCCCCCGAGGAGUCUGAAGCCAGCCCCCAGGUGCACCCCUUCCCAGAUCAUGAGCUGGAGGACAUGAAAACAAAGAUAUCUGCCCUCAAGAGUGAAAUCCAGAAGGAGAAAGCCAACAAAGGGCAGAGCCGGGCCAUCGAGCGCCUGAAAAAGAAGAUGUUUGAGAAUGAGUUCUUGCUGCUGCUCAAUUCUCCCACUAUCCCGUUUCGGAUCCACAAUCGGAAUGGAAAGAGCUACCUGUUCCUAUUGUCCUCGGACUAUGAGAGGUCAGAGUGGAGAGAAGCAAUUCAGAAACUACAGAAAAAGGAUCUCCAGGCCUUUGUCCUGAGCUCAGUAGAGCUCCAGGUGCUCACAGGAUCCUGUUUCAAGCUUAGGACUGUACACAACAUUCCUGUCACCAGCAAUAAAGACGACGACGAGUCUCCUGGGCUCUAUGGCUUCCUGCAUGUCAUCGUCCACUCUGCUAAGGGAUUUAAGCAGUCAGCCAACCUGUACUGUACCCUGGAGGUAGAUUCCUUUGGUUAUUUUGUCAGCAAAGCCAAAACCAGGGUAUUCCGGGACACAACAGAGCCCAAGUGGGAUGAGGAGUUUGAGAUUGAGCUGGAGGGUUCUCAGUCCCUGAGGAUCCUGUGCUAUGAGAAGUGCUAUGACAAGACUAAGGUCAACAAGGACAACAACGAGAUUGUGGACAAGAUCAUGGGCAAAGGGCAGAUCCAGUUGGACCCACAAACUGUGGAGACCAAGAACUGGCACACGGAUGUGAUUGAGAUGAAUGGGAUCAAGGUGGAAUUCUCCAUGAAGUUCACCAGCCGAGAUAUGAGCCUAAAGAGGACCCCGUCCAAAAAGCAGACUGGUGUCUUCGGUGUGAAGAUCAGCGUGGUGACUAAGCGGGAGCGCUCCAAGGUACCCUACAUCGUCCGGCAGUGUGUGGAAGAGGUGGAGAAAAGGGGCAUUGAGGAGGUUGGCAUCUACCGGAUAUCAGGGGUGGCCACGGACAUCCAGGCGCUGAAGGCUGUCUUUGAUGCCAAUAACAAGGACAUCCUUCUGAUGCUGAGUGACAUGGACAUCAAUGCCAUUGCUGGUACCCUCAAGCUGUACUUCCGGGAACUGCCUGAGCCCCUCCUCACAGACCGACUUUACCCAGCCUUCAUGGAGGGCAUCGCCCUGUCAGACCCUGCUGCCAAGGAAAACUGCAUGAUGCACCUCCUCCGCUCCCUGCCCGACCCCAACCUCAUCACCUUCCUCUUCCUGCUGGAACACUUGAAAAGGGUUGCUGAGAAGGAGCCCGUCAACAAAAUGUCACUUCACAACCUGGCUACCGUAUUUGGCCCCACGUUACUGAGACCCUCAGAAGUGGAGAGCAAAGCACACCUCACGUCAGCUGCAGACAUCUGGUCCCAUGAUGUCAUGGCACAGGUCCAGGUCCUCCUCUACUACCUGCAGCACCCCCCCAUUUCCUUCGCAGAACUGAAGCGGAACACACUGUACUUCUCCACUGAUGUGUAGCCCGAGGCGGGGGUGGCUGUGGGGGGUGGCCAGGGCCAGCCUCUCCAGCUGGGGGCCCAACUGACUUGAAAGACUGCAAUAGAAAACUCCCAAACUCAGCACUCCAGACUCCAAGGGAAGCCAACUUCCAAGAACUGGAAUAUGUGCAACUUUUGUGCCACCUUGUACAAAGCCAGCUGACCAGCCCCCAGCCUCACCUCCGCACCCUGGGCUCCUGCCCUCCGUACCUCUAGUUGUGUCUAAUGCUCCAUGCUGUUCGGGAUUUGUUUUAUAUAUAUUUGUUCUGCAGAAAAGGUAGUGACCGACCUGGUAUGGGCACACUGACAGCCUGCUUUGUUCUUUCAUUUCCUCCAACACUUUCUUUCCUCCAGAGUCCAGUCCAAGGGCUUUUAUUUUGUGCGGUGCAACUGCUGCCAGCUUCUCCUCUCUUGGCCCUGUUCCCAGACUGCUGUCUCCUGGCAGCCUCCCCUCGGUUUUCCUCUACCCUCUUCCUUCCAGCCUGCCUACAUGCAUGUGCAGCCUUGGUUUUCGCUCCAUCACCUUGAAAGUCCUGAAGAGGCCUGGGUGGCAGCAGCAGUGGGCCUGUCUGAUGCUGCCAUUUGCUGCCACCAGCCCUCUUCUUGCUCUCCGCCUGUGGAAGCACACCCGCUCUUCCUUGCUGCCUGUGCAAAUGUUGGACAAGGAGACAGACUCACUCUAAUCCUCAGCACAGAGUUGGAGAGCUGAUUUCUGGAAUUUUCCAUUUGAGAAUCUCCAUUUUUGGGGUUUAUCUGUUCUGUCUCCUGCCUACCAGUGAGGCAUCUUUGAUUGUUUCUUCUACUGCUUUUCAGUUCCUUUUCUCCUGGUGUUUCCUUUGAGUGUACAGAUUCACAAAAAGUGACCUGCUAUCAAGAUAGCCAGUAGGUCAGGAAGGAAUCUGUGGGUGUGGGAGAGUCAGGCUGCUGAGGAAACAAGACAGGUUGAUCAGUCAGACGAGUGCCAUGCAGCGCUCGUUGUGGGGGGAAGCAGCUUUGAGUAGCAAGGAGUUGUAAUGGCUUUUCUAACGGAGCUGAACUUCCUGGAGGGCAACUGAGAUGGCUGAAGCAGGUGUCCAGAAACAGGCAGGUCCCCUCCAGGAGGCUGGCAUCUCACGUACCUCGUGGUACUUUUGCCUUAGAUUUUACACACAUUUUCCACAGCUGAGCACUGCCACGGGGCAGCCCCAUUGCCACGUGUGCUCCAGGGCCUGGAAAAGGAAGGUGCACAGCCCAGCGGUAGCCAGCCAUCAUGGUGCUGCCCCCUACCCCGUCCCAGCAUCUAGAUGCAGCCUUUUCGGUGAACUCUGGGAAACACCAGAAGUUGGGGAGGAUGAGGGAUCACAGGCACCUGCCUCUCUCGGAACUGGGGUUUACUGGGGGCCCUCCUUGUUGUCACUCUAUUCCAGAGUAGGGGAUCAGCAGGUUCCCUCCCCAACUUUGAGACCCAUUGCUCAGGACUGGAAAGGAGUGAGAUAUAUUCCCAAAGCGCAGUUCCCACCUGAGCAGUGGCUGUUGGUCAGUGGCAGUUAGCCUGGGAGGGCAGACACUCCUACCUACAGGGGCUUGAGCUACAGCACAGCUCCCUGGACCUUCUGGCAGAGAGUAGAUUCUGGGCCAUCAGGACUGGGGAGAACAGCUCCCAUUGUGUAUGCUCAGGGCUGAGUCUUAAAGAAGGGUUUGCUGGCCCUAAAGCUGUUGUGCUUGCUCAGGCAGGGCCCUUUCUCAUCCUGUUUAUAUUUGUUGCCUUCAGCAGAACGGUACACAUUCUGUGCAUGUUGGAGGAAAGAAAUGCCUAAAAGGAAAGAAAUUCUGACUACCCAGCUGCCUAAUAGCAGCUUAGCAAGAAGCCCCACUCCCUGGGACAGGAGGUGGGGAAAGGAUGCCACUUGAGCCUAAAGAUCGCAGCACCUGAACAUUCCUGAAGUAUCUGCUUGGCACUCAGGUGGUGUGUGGCAUGGACAGUUCUUGCUUGCUUCCAAAGGGAUUGACAGGAAUGAGUUAGGGCCUAACUACAGAAAGUUACAGCCAAAAAUGGGUGCUCUGACUUCCCCAAAGCAAGGAAUGUUUGCUUCUCAGCAUCAGGUAGCUACUGCACCCCCAAGCUUGCUUAGGCAGGAUAGGAGGAAGGCUGCAAAGGCCGAUUUAUGCAAAAGGUUCAUAAUAUUUAUAAUUCUACCCCCAGAGUGGGGAGGGGAGGGUGCCAGACCUGGACUAAGCUGCCACAAGGAAAAUACCCGGUGGGUUCUCCUGAGGGACAGGGACUAUGCAGCCCAGAACCCCAUUACUGUGCCCAGCAGGGUGGGCUGUGCCAACAUGAGCCCAGGAGACAGGCUACAGAAAUCCCAGGUAUGCCUGUCCUUGCUGGGCAAUGGCUGAGGGUUGCCAGUUUUUGCUGAUACAGGUAAGAUGGGACCCUUCCUUAAUAUUUGACUUUAAUAAGUUGGUAAGGAUAUAUCUUUUUUUUAAUCUAUGUUCUGUUUCAACUUAUGUAGAUUAUUAUAAAUUGAUGUAAACCAUGUGAGAGAAAAAUGUUAAUAAAAAAAAAAUGCG